AUGAGACUGGGAUUCUUUCGCUGCCAGUCCACACUCGUUAGACAGAAUAUAACUCGGGAGAAGUUCAGAGAAUGUAUGAGUAAAAUUGCCAACCAGGCAAUGGUGCUGUCAGCUGCUAGCAAGAGUGUGGUCCCACACAAGUCAUUCCGUGGUCUAACAAUCUCAUCUCUGACAUCGCUGUCGCUGAAACCACAGCCACUGAUCCAGUUCAACCUGCAAUUGCCCUCAUUCACCUCGGAAGCAUUGCACGAGACAGGCUUCUUUGCAGUGCACCUACUCAAGCCCAACACUACGUCGAUUAAGCUGGCGAGAGAGUUCAGUAAGGGUGCCAUCAUCAAUGAGAAGGAUCGUACCUAUUCGCCCACAAGACCAUUCGAGAAUCUGGUUGAGAAUGAGCACUACGUUACAUACAAGAUCGAGGGAACUGAUCUGGUGCUCCCAUUGCUCAAAAACUCGGAAAGGGUACUCAUUUGUCAGAAGAAGGAUGUGUUCCAGAUUGGAGACCAUGAGAUAUGGGUCGGCCAGAUUGAGGAUAUAAUUGUCAAUGAGGCCCAGCCAACAGGCGGACUGCUCUAUUGCAAUCGUAAGUACCAUUCCUUGGGGGAAAAAAUCGGAUAG